AUGGCGCUCUUUGAGCAAUCCGACCUCGCAGCCUUCCUGCAGGCGCAGGGGGCCUUUCUGAGUCGGACCUCAGUGAUAUGGGGGCCGAGCGCCGACGACUCCGGCGACCUCGGCAAUCUCGCCUCUCUGGUGGACUUGCGCGAGCUAGUGCCCGCGCUGCCUUAUUUCCCUGGCGACCUCAUGGAGGCUGGAGGCGAGGUGGCUAAGCUUGUUCAGCAAUACGAGACCCAGGCCGAUGAGGCACAAGCGUGUUUCGGGCAGCCUACGGAGCUCAGGGAGGCUGUGGCGGCUGUGGCUACACAUCCGGCUCAGAUUCUUCGUGAACAGAGUGCAGUGUGGAGUGCUUUGUGGACACGUUCCCGGGAGGCACCAUUCGAUCCUGGACCUCUUCGUCAGGUGCUUUCGGAGUUGCCUCGGCCUCUUGACACGCAGGCCGACCUUCAGGUUUCAGCGGAGGGGUUGUGCAAGGCGACACAACGCAUGCUGAAGAAAGCAUGCGGCAGUGAUGGCUGGGAGGCUCGCGACCUCCUGCGUUUGCCGCCAACCUUCUGGGAGGUCACCGCCACUUUGACUUCAGCUUUGGUGGUCCUGCUGCCUAAGGCCGACGGUCGCACGAGGCCGGUGGGUCUCCUUUCCAUCCUGUGGAGAGCUGGCGCACGGUGCCUUGUCAAGCAACUGCGAGGCUGGGUCGGGUCAUGGACCACGGCCCAAGCCAUGGGAGGCAUCGCUGGUGUGGGGAUUGCCGACACACACCUCCGUUUGAUGGGCGCACAUCGGCGCGGCUGUCGCGCCUUCGUGAAGCAAGAUUUGUCUCAUUUCUUUGACUCGCUGACGUUGGACGUUCUGCUCCCAUUGAUGGAACACUACAAGGCGCCGGCAGCGUUGUGCAGGCUGGUGGAAGCCAUGUACUGCGACUCGCGGCGACUCUUCAAAGUGGAGCAGUUCACUUCUUCGGGCUUCAUCACGGCAAACCGUGCAGCCUUCACCUGCCUUGCCAUCCCUCCCAGCAGCCCUCGCCCCUUCUGCCUCACCAUCCUCCUGGAUGGAGCAUUUGCCGCCUAA